AUGAUGGGCGUAUUGCUCCACGUCAUUGGAGACGCAAUCAAUAACGUUGGAGUCAUAAUUGUUGCUCUCGUUAUCUGGAAGGCAGAGUCGCAUUCAAGAUACUAUGCUGACCCGGCAAUCAGCUUAUUCAUCGCAAUUAUGAUAUUUUUUUCCGUCAUUCCAUUGGUGAAGAAGACUGGUAUCAUUCUUCUCGAUACUGUACCAGUCGGUUUGAACCCGCAGGAUGUUCGCUACGACUUGGAACAAGUGCCCGGGGUAAUCUCAGUACAUGAAUUACACAUCCGAAGGCUAAAUCAAAGAAAAACAAUAGCUUCGGCGCAUGUUGUGGUUUCUUCGAGGGUCUUGGAAAACUUCGUGGAGCUUGCAAAAGUUUUGAAUGAGUGUUUUCAUGCCUACGGGAUACAUUCGGCAACGUUGCAGCCAGAAUUAGCAGAUGAGGGUUCCGAAGGAGGCGAUACCGCGAGUAUUAGUUCUACUCAAGGGUUGAGAAGAAGAAACGCAAGCAGCCGGUCUGUUUGCAGGAUAACUUGCGGUACUACCACUUGCGAAGCAUUGACCUGUUGUAACUGA